AUGUCUAGCUCCAUGGAAGCAAGACCUCUCGCGUCGGCGAUGGAAAGCCCCACGUUUGACGAGGAUAGUUCUUUCCAUGUAGAGCAGCCGGUAGGAUCUAUGUCAAUAUCCCCCUGUGGACGAGAUGUCGUUCUCGCAUCCAAGGAGGGUCUACAUGUCAUUGAUCUGGAUUCCCCGUACUCUCCGCCACGGUAUCUCCCUCAUCACACACCAUGGGAGGUAGCCGACGUACAGUGGUCACCAUUCGCCGCACGCGAUCAAUGGGUUGUUAGUACGUCGAACCAGAAAGCCUUGGUAUGGAACUUGUCAAUGAAGACAUGGCAAAACUCCAUUGAAAUUGUGCUCCACGCCCAUUCUCGCGCAAUCACGGACAUAAACUUCUCUGCAUUUCAUCCCGAUCUUCUGGCUACUUGCUCCGUGGACAGCUUUGUACAUUGCUGGGAUUUACGCGCUCCCGCGCGGCCAGCCGUCUCGUUCUCCGAUUGGUUCACUGGUGCGACCCAGGUCAAAUGGAAUCGGCAAGAUCCCCACGUCAUUGCGAGCUCUCACGAUCGGUUUCUUCGGAUCUGGGAUGAUCGAAUGGGUGCGUACCCAAUCAAGUCCAUCGAAGCCCACAACACCAAGAUCUAUGGCGUUGAUUGGAAUCGUGUUCGACGUGGUGCCCUGGUGACUUGUUCUCUGGAUAGAACGGUCAAGUUCUGGGACUACACCACCGACUCGGCCGAUAUCCCAGAGAAGCAGAUUCAUACCCCGUUUCCCGUUUGGCGAGCCCGCAAUACACCCUUUGGAUGGGGUGUGCUUGCAAUGCCACAGAGAGGCAACAACGAUCUUCAUCUCUACAGCCGACGAGCCGAGGAGGGCUCAUCUCCCGAGGAUGACUUACCUCUGGUUCAUAGCUUUCCAGGGCACAAGGGACAGGUCAAAGAGUUUCUGUGGAGGCCCCGAGGGGGUGUAGCAGACGGGAUCGACCAUCGCGAGUAUCAAUUAGUGACUUGGGGAACGGACAGAGAGCUUCGGCUACAUAGAGUCGAUCCUGAGAUUCUACAGCGCGUUGGUUACGAGAAGGGCAAGAGUUUCAUUUCCACACGAACUGUGACCCGGCUUGGUGCCAUAUACCGGAGUUUCCGCGAUGUCAAUUCCGACCUGGAAAUUGAUGACCAGGACACAGCUUCUUCAGUUGGCGGUCAGAACCAGAACAAUGCUACCGGUGCUGGGAUGAACGCCAUCACUGUUCCGCACGCUCGUGGCUGGAUCAAAGGAGGUCAUCAUGGUCGAGUUGGUAUGCAGCCAAGAUCUAAUCUGAGAGCCGAUACGAAUCCAAUUGCCUGGAUGCGCGGUGUGAAGAUCUCAGGAUGGGAUAUCGAAACACUGGGAGAUGAAAUCAGUCAUGUCGGCGAGAAGUUUACAAAAGUCGCCUUUGAUUCGGUCGAUGUGCGCCAACGAAAGAUCUCAAUUUCCCUUCAUGGUCCCUGGGGCGCCGACGGGGCCUCGUUGUUCUUGAAAGUGGACAUCAAAUUCCCGACAACCUAUCCCAAGUCUGCGAUUCCAACAUUCGCCGUCCAAAAGACAGCAGCAGUGACUGAUGAGUGGGCCGCAAAGACCACUGCUGCGCUGAGAACAAUUGCUGAAACAUACAUGUCCCGAAAUCGCGGGUGUCUAGAAGGCGCCGUUCGCUAUCUAUUGGGCGAGAGCAGUCUAGAGGAAAGUAUAGCAUGGAUUCUCGGAGAGACUGGCGAUACCCUCAAAUCUCCCAUCAACGGUGAAAUAGAAGGAGAAUCGAGUGACGAAGACGAAGUUGGAAUGACCCAGAGUCAAGAGCUAGGGAUGAGCUCUGAGCUCCUCCGACCUGUCAACGCCAACGUCAUGGUGCCCGUGGCCAAGGCUUGCGGAGCCCUUUGGGCAAACGAUGGCCGCCUAGUGUGUUUCUUCCCGCCAAAGCAAAAGAAAGACAAGUCAGCGGAAUUGUUCGAAAACAUGGGCUUUAAAGAGAUGACAAGAUGGUCUCGUGGAGAUAAGGUCUUUGAAGGGUUUGGUCGCCUCCACACCAACUCUCCUGGUCCUCGUGGAAGGGGAACAAUUACCAGCACAGAGGAUGGUGCCUCAUCCGAUUCAGAUGAAUCGUACUCAGACUCUUCAAGCUCUUCGGGCUCGUCUGAUAUGCUUUCUGGACUACCCACGCGCUUCCCUGCACCGCAAACAUGGCGCAGUGCCGGAAGCUAUGGUGUUCACCGACCACGUUCAACGGAUAAUUCCCAGCGAUCGAUCGGAGGCUCUGGGACACUCAAAUCCGAAGGUCCCCAGAACAUCGUUUCAAUCCAUAACUUGAGCGACUUGUUACCAGUCAAGCGGCAGUUAGCUUGUCAAUAUCGCAUCUGUGGCAAAGGGACAGAUGUGUGUUCCCACAAUGCUGCGGUAGCCCUUGACGCGGGCUGCUACGAACUAGCCCAAAUCUGGGGUCUGAUCAAAUUGAUUUUGCAUGUUCGAAAGGAUUCCAAUGCCUUGCCUGAGUCAGGUUUGUUGCAACGGCGCAUGCGAAUGAAAGGUGGUGGUAUUGGUGGCCUUGGAGUCGAUGGGAUGUACAGAGAUGUAUCAGGAAGUAUCAUUCGCUGGGGAGACCACCCUCUUGGCAGCCAUUGGCUUGUUCCUGCUUUGUUUGAACAUUUUGAGCGCAUUGGAGAUGUGCAAAUGGUAGCGAUGCUUUCGUGCGUGCUACUGGAAGCCAGUCAAGAGGGCGCUUUGGAGCAUGAAAAAGCCAAGAAGCAACCCGGACAGCAAGAUUUCUCACUAGAUUUCUCCUCGGUAUCACAGGCACUCCCAACCAAGCCACCGGUGGUAACGCCUGCAUCAUCCAUUCAGAAGGAAGUUCAGUCAACACCUACUGCCCAGACUUCAGCACGGUCAUCCAGCGAAGUAUGGCGUCUCGAUUCAACACCACCACAUUCUACAGGCACUACGCCUCCAGUCACAACUCGCCCGCGAGGCAUCGCUGCUGACCGAAAGUCGUUGAGUCACAAUGUCUCAAUAGCUGCCUCGCCCGACCAACAAUCCCAACCACGAAGUGGAUCUGGGUUCGGGUCUGUGCUGGCGUCAUCAUUGUCUCGUUCAUUUACAUUCGGACCAUCAUCAGCCUCACCACCGUUGAGUCGGAUGGACAAGAAGAAAACAACACCCCUGGACAGCCCAGGCGUGACAACGGGGCAAGCUUCGCAGGCUCAAUCCGACACCGAGAGUGACCAUGCACCUGAAGUCCCACCAGCGCCUGCAAGGUUCAAAAUCACAUUCAAGAACAAGGAUGCAUUCGAAAGCAACGGACCGGCACAACAAUCCCUUCUUGAUCCCAGCAAAGAACCGCUAUAUCGCUCCUACCGCGCUUCAUAUGCUAAUUUACUGGCAACCUGGGAUCUUCCCGUCCAGCAAAGUGAAGUUAUGAAAUUCGGAGCCGUUUCUGACCGAAUCGACGAUUUGAGCGCAAGCCAUUACUGGAACAGCACCAACCCAGACAGCACCGAAGCAUCCUUGAAAGACCCACAACCAGCCAUAGACCCCCAGGCCCUGGAUUUCCAACGCCAUUGCGCCAGCUGUGGACAUGCGCUGCAACGAUCCAUCUUCAACAACCAUCCCAUGGCCCCCGAUACCCCCUCUAAGCGCAAUAAACGCAAAUCCUCAGUUCGUCGAUGUCCCAACUGCAAGCCUCGCCAAGCACUGCCCACAAAACUACCCUGCGUCAUCUGCGGCGAGGUAGUAGACGGCAUGUUAAUACCAUGCUUGAGCUGUGGCCACGUGAGCUGUUUCGACUGCCAUCGACACUGGUUCCUUCGACCAGACGACACCUUCGCCUCUCAACCAGACCACCCAGGUCAGCCCAAGUCUCCUCCAGCCUGCCCAACCGGAUGCGGCUGCCAAUGCUCCGAGCACAUCGCCGUAAAAGUCCCCAUGCCAACCGAGACGGCAUCGCCAAUUACCCCGGAAUACUCACCCGCACCGCACCCUGCCGUCACACAAGCGAAGCAUUCUCGCCGUCGACAAUCCGAACCCGUGGUUUCGGACCCUAGCCGUAGACCUCUUCCGCCCAGGGGAGUGGCAGUCGGCCAGCCUGAAGAUGGCUUGAAUGUUUGGGAAGAAUCGUCGCCGUUUGCUUCGUUGGCGCGCGGUCUCGGUGGCGGGUUGAGCCGAGGUUUGCGGACGAAAGACGAGCGCAAGAAGAAUAAGUCCGUUGCUAUGGCAUCUAAUAUGAAGAGUCCUUGA